AUGAGUUCACACCUCGCAGAGUUCCAAGAAUGUCUACGUCAACUGAAACGGAUUGUUGCUCUUGUUGGGGCCGGGCUCUCGGUUUCGUCGGGGCUUCCGACCUUCCGAGGAAGCCAAGGACUCUGGAAAAAUUUCAAUAUGAUCGAUUUGGCCACGCCUGAUGCCUUUUAUAUCGAUCCGGGCCUUGUAUGGCAGUUUUACCUGUGGAGACGACAUCAAGCACUUCUCGCACAGCCAAACAAUGGACACAAAGCAUUGGCAAAGCUAGCGGAAAGUAAGAGCCGAAGCUUCAUCACCAUCACACAGAAUGUUGAUGGUUUGCUGGCGAGAGCGGGUCACUCUGCGAAAAGUCUCUAUGAGAUCCAUGGCUCAUUAUUUCAAUUGCGAUGUACAAGCUUCACUUGUACCUAUGUGGACAAGAACAACACAGAAGACCCAUUGACAGAGGCACUAGCAAAUACAGGAGAAUUUGAGGAGGAAUUCGCAGAGAGAGAUUCCAAUGGAGAAAUCAGCGACAGCGUAGAGAUAUCGCCACGGUUCACACCCACCAAAGAGUUGACAUUGGAUGAGCUUCCCAAAUGUCCCGUUUGUUCUUCCCUUAUGCGUCCAGGCGUAGUUUGGUUUGGCGAAUCGUUGCCUCUACGAGUUCUUGACGGUAUAGAUACUUUUCUCGAAGCUGGGCCUGUCGAUCUCAUCUUAGUGAUUGGAACUUCUGGCACAGUGUAUCCGGCCAACAGUUAUGUGGACUUGGUUAGGCAGCGUGGUGGACAUGUGGCGAUUUUCAACACCGAUGUAGACGACGAAGUUUUGGAGGGAAAAGUUGAUAAAACCUGGGGAUUUAAAGGCGAUGCUGCGGAAUGGCUACCACGAGCACUUGAACCAGUGAUAGGUACAUAA